AUGGGACAAGCCAACUGCAGUUGUAAAGGUGUCAGCAAAGAAUGUCUUGUCAUCAUCGGCGCAGAUGCCCCGUCCGAGCCUUCUUCGGCUCCGGCGCCAACACCGGCCGCAGCGCCAGUGGCGGCAAUAGAGCCCUCACCGCCUCUGUCGGCAGAGUCGCGCAGCAUGCAGCCAGGACCCCUCGCAGCGAAGCCUCGACGGAACUCGCAGCUCUCGAAAGCCGACCGGCCGCCUCCGCUUCCGUUGAACGAGAAGGAGGACGAUGCCAAUUCCGUCAUGUCCCAGCCGACCUCGGCGAAUCUUCCGUCGCCGCCCGGCCCUCCCAAAGGGGGAGCGUCCCCUGGCGGGCUACAUCUUGGCCAGGACGCCAAAGCGAAUGGCCAUAGCAUCAAGCCCGUCAAGGAGGUUGCCAUGGCUGACGUGCAGCGGGCGCCGGGCCCAAUGUCUCCUCGUGGCGCCCCACCUCCGCGGCAAAUGCCCCCAGCAGCCGACAUGAACUCCAAGUCCUCGGAGUCUCCGCAGCCCAAGAAGAUGCCAAUCAACUUCCGGGAGGAUGUUGCACAUUUCGCGCCUCAAUCGCGACCUGCCGCACCCGCGGCGAGCAGCGGAAUGGGUGCUCAGGGCCUCGGCGUGGUGGCUCCCGUGACUCCGGACAUGGCUGCCCGGCUCUUGGCCUACAAAGAGCGCCAGGAGCGGAAGGGCAAGAAAAAGCAAGGUAUCGCCGGCCAGGCGAAUGCUGCCAAUUUCCUCUCGCAGGUGCCAGAAGUCGAACGAGAUAUUCCUCUUCGAUUUAUGUUUGAGAUCAGCGGGGGCAUGCACGAACGUUUGGUUCACGCCGCGUGCGACAGUGAGCAGGCCCUUGCCAUGUACAACGGUGUCUCCGAGGGUGCGCCGAAGAAGGAGGAACCCGACGCCGCUUUGAUUCAGAAGAUGUAUCGCAGCGGAAGCAGCGGGUUCUUGCCCCACACUUGCCUUUGCGAAGUUCCUUGGUCUGUGGCGGAAACCGCGGCCAAGAAAAGGGCGUCCUCGAAAGUACGGCUGGCGAAGCUGUCUUUCAGAGCCCUUACGCCGGGGAAGCUGACGAAGGCUUGCAACAGUCAGUCGGAUGCCGAGAGCUCCUGCACUGUUUUCAUGAUCCACGUGGACGAGGCGCCUACGAUGCGAGAGCGGCUUGUCAUCAUGGAGGAGGCGGUUGUUAACCUGAUGGAAUCUGUACCGCCCACGCGCCGGCCGAUCCCGGCCGUUUUCCUUGUCUGCUCCACACGGGAGAGGACGGACCAGAUGGAUCGGGCUUGGAAGAAGAUCCUCGAGGACUACGAGGCAGACAAGGGAGAGCUGUUGAAGUUUGGUCCGGUGUGCUUGGAUGACGGAGAUGCCAUCCAUCAGGCGUUUGCCGACCUAGCGACCGCCAGGGUCCAUGCCCAGGAGAAAGGUUUCACCAGCAAGGAGAUCUGGCAGAAGUUCAACCUCGCCAGCCGAAACAAUGUGUCCCCCUGGCCGCUGGUGGCGCUGCCGGAGGCGCCCAUGCGAAGCUCCGCGACGAAGUCCUCUCUCGGCUCGUGGGGAUCGAUCGCUGAGGGCUUUUAG